AUGACAGACACUGCAGCAUCAUCACCUGAACGCGAUUGCAUAAUACAUUACAUAAAACUUGUAAAAGAGCAUCGCGAAUUGGAAGAAAAUUUAAAAAAGCUCCGUGCUGACAUGAAAAAGGUAAACCAGAAAUUUGAUAAAACUGAAGAUGAUUUGAAAGCACUUCAAAGUGUAGGACAGAUAAUUGGACAGGUUUUACGGAAAAUUAGCAAUGAUAAAUUCAUCGUAAAAGCCUCCAGUGGCCCUAGAUAUGUUGUCGGUAGCAAGGCCAAUAUCGACACAUCAACUCUUGUAUGUGGGACCAGGGUAGCUCUUGAUAUGACAACACUUACAAUUAUGAGAUCUCUCCCUAGGGAAGUGGAUCCUACCAUCUUCAACAUGUUAAACGAAGUUGAUAUGGUUGAUGGAAAGGAAAGGAUUGUUGAGUAUAAUGAAAUAGGAGGGCUUGAAAAACAGAUUAGGGAAAUGAGAGAAGUUAUUGAGUUACCCUUAAGGAGCCCAUACUUAUUUAAUCGCGUUGGAAUUAAACCACCAAAGGGAAUUCUUUUAUAUGGGCCCCCGGGGACGGGUAAAACUUUACUUGCAAGGGCAAUGGCUAGCAAUAUAAAUUGCAACUUUUUAAAGGUUGUGGCAAGCGCAAUAGUGGAUAAAUAUAUCGGCGAAAGUGCAAGAAUUAUCAGGGAAAUGUUUGGCUAUGCUAAGGAUCAUCAACCUUGCAUAAUAUUUAUGGACGAAAUAGAUGCAAUUGGGGGACGCCGCUUCUCCCAUGGUACUUCUGCUGAUCGUGAAAUACAACGUACUCUUAUGGAAUUAUUGAAUCAUUUGGAUGGGUUUGAUGAAUUGGGCCAAGUUAAAAUUAUUAUGGCAACUAACAGACCUGAUGUCUUGGACCCUGCAUUGGUUAGGCCAGGACGAUUGGAUAGGAAGAUUGAAAUACCCUUGCCAAAUGAGGCAGCUAGAGUUGAGAUAUUGAAAAUCCAUAGCAGUAAAUUAAACAAACAAGGAAAUAUAGAUUAUGAUGCUAUUUGCAGACUUUGUGACGGGUUUAAUGGAGCUGAUAUGAGGAAUAUUUGUACUGAAGCGGGAAUGCUUGCGAUACGUGGAAUGAGGGAUUAUGUUAUUAAAGAAGAUUUUUUUAAGGCUGCAAGAAAAAUUGCCGAAGUUAAGAAACUGGAGGGCAACAUAAACUAUGAAAAAUUAUAA